GAGAAACCUGAUUUCCAGAUCAAUAACAGUAUCGAUCACUGACCGGAUUUAACGGAGGCUGUACCGGAUGCGACGUCAGUAACCGCGACAUUAAAGAACUGAAAGUGAAGCAGCAGCAGCACGAUGAACAGCAGAGGUGUUCGCUCCCAGCUGAAGGACAGCGUACCUGUGGCAGGUUUCUGUCCACAAGGAGCCUAUGGAGUACAUGACGCUCUCAGAGGAGGUUUCAGCAGCGUGAAGAAUGAACUGAUCCAGAGUCACCCACUGGAGCUGACAGAGAAAAACUUCCAGCUGAACCAGGAUAAGAUGAAUAUGUCCACUCUCAGAAACAUUCAGGGUCUUCACGCUCCGCUCAAACUACAGAUGGAGUAUAGAGCAGCCCGACAGAUCCAGCGCCUCCCCUUCCUCCAGAGCUCUAACCUCGCUCUGGACACGCUCAGAGGAAGUGAUGAUGUCAUUGGCUUUGAGGACAUCCUGAAUGACCCGUGUCAGAGCGAGGUGAUGGGAGAUCCUCAUGUGAUGGUGGAAUUCAGACUGGGUCUGCUGUGACCCUCUGUCAGACCAGAGUGGGCCACCUGAUCCUGGCUGUGGUGGUUCUGAGUCAAACAUCUGUCCUGUUGUUGUUUUGUACCAUUUAAAUAAAGUUUAACAAAGUCUCA